AUGGCAGUGUCUCGCUUGAAUAAUGCCAUGCUAGUUGUCGAAACUGACACAAAGCAACUUGCCGCUAGUCUGCGCACAAUAUCGCGACUUGCUGAUAAUAUCAGUGGUAAGGUAUCUGCUCUAGAUGUGGCCAAAACUCGUGUGGUAGAAUGCCUCCAACUUGCAGGGGAUAUGCAUGACCUCGGAGUUUGUAGUGAAGGUGUUGAUGAGUGUAUCAGCAAUGAAGACUAUGAACAAGCUGCUCAGCACAUCCAUCGCUUUCUCACACUUGAUCGGGCCGUUUUUCAGUUCAGCUCGAGUACGGUAGACAAAGAUGCUGGCCAAAACGUUUCGCACAGUUAUGAAGUGCUGACAAAUGCUACAGCACGACUGAAGGAAAUUUUAGAGAAAAAGCUGGAAGCUGCUGUUGAUGCGGAAGACAUACCGUCCAUGCAAAGAUUUGUAAAGUUGUUCCCGUUGAUUAACGAACACAACAGUGGCCUCACUCGAUUUGGAAAGUACUUAAGCAAGCAGAUUGCUAAGAUAGGGAAUGAUAACCUCAAGAUUAUGGAUGUUGGUGGAACGGACGACAAGAGAAUCAAUGUACUCUAUGCUGACACGUUAUUUUUGUUCUUUGAAGGUAUAGCAGCUUUGCUAGAGACGAAUCAGCCGCUUAUUGAAAGCUCAUAUGGCCCUGAUAAGCUGCUGGAUUUCAUAAACAUGCUACAGGUUGAUAUCGACCAAGUUGUUGGAAAAGUAAUCGAUGCGUUUGCGAAAAAACGACAGCUCGAUAAACGUCUGAAAGCAGUUCAGCGUCUUUUGCGAGAAGAUCGUCACAGCGAUAAAGGAGAGGAUAGGAUUUUAGUGGAACGAUUGGACGCCCUUGAAUUGGACAAAUUGUUAUCGGAAAUUUGCUUAAUGAAUACGCAUACUGAGAUGUACUGGAGAUUUGUUCGCAGGCGCCUCAAGGGAGCAUCCCUUGAAGCGGAUCAAGAAGAGUUUGUCAUGGUGAAUGGCGAUGAUUUUGGAGAUGAUGAAGAGAAGAAGAAACGCCUUGAAGAGGAGAAAUUGCGACGUAAGAAUGAGAGAGAAAAGAAACUCGAUCAGCUGCUAAAUCGUAGUCUUGUUGGCUCGAAAAUGCAGGAGUUGUUAGGUAACUAUCUGCUUCUGGAGCAGUACUAUAUGCAAGAAUCUGUACGUAAAGCAAUUGACAUGGAGGGGGGAAGCAUAGGCCACCGCAGAGUUCUGUUGUGGACGACGUGCUGUUUCUGGUCCGUAAAUGU